CAAACUGGGAAGCGGGUUUCAAUUUCAAACCCAAACAGUCCGAGGGACGAGCCAGCUCAAGGAUUGCGGGACAACGCGAAAACCAAAUAGUUACAGCGUUUAGCCGCACAGUUAGUAACGCUAUUCAAUCACAAAGUAGAGCGGUGUCGUUGCUCUAACCUGCCGUGGUUUCAGUCCACAGAUUCAGCGAAAAAAAAAGUCGCCCGCCGCGUCUUCGCUCCAGUUUUCCGCGCCUGGUUUAUUUGGAUGACAAACGGACGCUUGCCUUGUUUGCAGCAGGUGUUUACCAACCCGGACAGUGUGAUAAACUAAAACUCCCGCUGCGUUUUAAUUCAUUUAUCUUACACAGCAAGCCAUUUCUGCAAGAAACAUGCCGAGGUCCAGCAGGCAAAGAGAAUACAAACCUGGGGAUCUUGUAUUUGCUAAAAUGAAGGGGUACCCACACUGGCCUGCGAGGAUUGACGAGUUACCUGAAGGAGCCGUGAAGUCCCCCUCAAACAAGUACCAGGUGUUCUUUUUUGGGACGCAUGAGACGGCGUUCCUGGGGGCCAAGGAUUUGUGCCCGUACGAUGAAAACAAGGAGAAGUUUGUGAAAACAAACAAGAGGAAAGGCUUCGCUGAGGGACUUUGGGAGAUUGAGAACAACCCCACCGUCACGCAUGAAGGCUACGAGUCAUCGAAGAAGGACAACGCGUCAGAAGGAGCAGGGGACACAGGGAGUGCAGAGAAAGCAGAUGCCGAGGGCAGCAGUGAUGAGGAUGAAGGGGCCCUGGUCAUCGACGAGAAGAACGAGAGGGGAGGAACUAAACGAAAAGCAGAAGAGUCCACAGAGGCAUCACCCAAGCGGCCGAAGGACACAGAGGCAGAGGGUGAUCCGAAGGUAGACCAAAACAAGUCGAACACGGAGGCCAAGCUCAACGAUGUGGCUGGACCCAAGGCAACUGCUCCCUCCUCACAGAGCGAGUCGAAAGCAGAGGCCAAGGAAAACGCUCCAGCAGGAGGCCAGCAAACAGCAGAUAAGCCUGUGACAGACAGCGCUUAACAUCAACUCAGAAGAAAACCAAGAACCGUUGACGCUUUUAUCUGGAAUUAAAGCAUCAACACGAUUACCUGCAGGAUGCCAGAUUUCAGCUGUUUAAUUAAUAGGAGAAUUUAAAGAAAAAAAAAUACCUGAGUGUUUAUAUUGAGAGACAAACAAAUCUUCAUUUGCCAUUUUUGGGAUAUCAUAUAUCCCAGAAACAAAGUUUGCUAAUCUGAUUUCAAACGAUUAAACUGAGCACUUUAAGGCUCAUUUAUAAAUGGGAUUUUGGUGUGUAUAUAUUUUUUAUUUCUAAGUGCAAUUACACAAUUACAAAGACUGAAUGCUAGGUGUCAAAAACAUUUUUUUCAGUUUAGAGGGAAUAAAAACACUGACUAUAUAGUAAAUAAAAAGAAAAGAUUUAAAUCACACACAUAAAAAGAUAAAUACUCCCAUUUGAUGGUUUUAAAACGUAGAUAUUGUACAGGAAUAAGAACAAAUUUUCACCCAUGCUUUCAGCUUUAGGUCAUAAAUUGAAUGUUUUACUUCCUUCCACUUCACCUAGCUUCUCAGCCACAUCUUAAAUCAUAUAUUCAGGCAUUGGAUACAUGACAAGUUGCACUUUCAGAUUUUCUUUUUUCCCCAUUAAUCAUCGUCUAGUUCACUGUAUGAUGUUUUUAUGCAACACAGGUUUUGUUGCUUUGGUGUAGUGAUAGCUUCAUCGCAGGUGACCAAAUUAAAUGAUUAAUUUCACCAGAUUGAAAAUGUAAAGCCCAUUUGAGACUAUUGUAGGAUUAAAACUCUGUUAAACCCCUCUGUAACUUUCUUUAGCUGACAAAUGUUCAUUAUUGAAAGCAGAAAGACAUUCCUGAAUGUUGUUGUGUCCGAGCGAGGGCUUGAAACUUUGGUGGAGGCGGUCCUGUGGCGUUUGUUGGGGGUAAAAAGCUUUCUGACGAAAUUAUCUGGCAAACUAUUUCAAAUUCAUCAAUUUCAUGUUAUUACAAGCUCUUAUUAUGCUCACAUUAAUGCUGCCGUUGCUUUAUACAUGAGAUGUAAUUUUGGAAGAACGCUUAUUUGCAUUUCAGUAAUUAUUACCAAAUAUGUUUCUUUUUCAAAUGUAUUGCUGAUAUUAUUAAAACCAACAUAUGAUCGACACAAAAUUGAGAUUUAUGAAA